GCGUGCCAACUUGUUUCUUUCUUCCCCUGUAGGUAGUCGUCGCCAUUAUAUAGCCGCCUUCCCCGAUCUCCAAGCCUCGGCGCCACCACCCACCACCACCACCACCACCCUCGUUCCAGCUGUGCCGGCCUUGCUUCCUCAAUCCUCCGCCAUGGCCUCGCUCACCGAUCUCGUCAACCUCAACCUCUCCGACACCACGGAGAAGAUCAUCGCCGAGUACAUAUGGAUCGGUGGAUCUGGCAUGGAUCUCAGGAGUAAGGCUAGGACUAUUUCCGGCCCGGUUACUGAUCCCAGCAAGCUGCCGAAGUGGAACUAUGAUGGCUCCAGCACCGGUCAGGCCCCCGGCGAGGACAGUGAGGUCAUCCUUUACCCACAAGCUAUCUUCAAGGACCCAUUCAGGAGGGGAAACAACAUCCUUGUCAUGUGCGAUUGCUACACCCCAGCUGGAGAGCCGAUCCCCACCAACAAGAGGUACAAUGCUGCCAAGAUCUUCAGCAACCCUGAUGUUGCUGCUGAGGAGCCCUGGUACGGUAUUGAGCAGGAGUACACCCUCCUCCAGAAGGACAUCAACUGGCCCCUUGGUUGGCCUGUUGGUGGGUUCCCUGGUCCUCAGGGCCCUUACUACUGUGGUAUUGGCGCUGACAAGUCUUUUGGGCGUGAUAUUGUUGACUCCCACUACAAGGCUUGCCUCUAUGCCGGCAUUAACAUCAGUGGAAUCAAUGGAGAGGUCAUGCCAGGACAGUGGGAGUUCCAAGUUGGCCCGUCUGUCGGCAUUUCUUCCGGUGAUCAGUUGUGGGUUGCUCGCUACAUUCUUGAGAGGAUCACUGAGAUCGCCGGAGUUGUCGUCACAUUUGACCCCAAGCCCAUCCCUGGUGACUGGAACGGCGCUGGUGCUCACUGCAACUACAGCACCAAGUCGAUGAGGAACGACGGUGGCUACGAGAUCAUCAAGUCCGCCAUUGAGAAGCUCAAGUUGAGGCACAAGGAGCACAUCGCCGCCUACGGUGAGGGCAACGAGCGCCGUCUCACCGGCAGGCACGAGACCGCCGACAUCAACACCUUCAGCUGGGGAGUUGCCAACCGUGGCGCCUCCGUCCGCGUCGGCCGUGAGACGGAGCAGAACGGCAAGGGCUACUUCGAGGAUCGCCGGCCGGCAUCCAACAUGGACCCCUACGUCGUCACCUCCAUGAUCGCCGAGACCACCAUCAUCUGGAAGCCCUGAAGCCGACUUCUGCCGCCACAGCAUCAGCAUCAUCCUCGUGUCCUCUCCAGCUCGCCGUGUGUCACUCCUGUUGAUUUAUCGGUCACUGGAGGAUUUGGCGAAUUGCAUUCGUGCUGGGAGAAGUACAGGAAAAAAAAAGGAAAAAAAGAUAAAAAAGAAAAUCUGCUCAUUCCAUUUCGUUUGGGUGCACGCUAUGCUCUACUGCAUUUAGAUUAGCUUUUCUUUCGUCUUUGGGUGACGGCGAGAGGUGACUCGUCGUCACCACUUUGCCUGUCUGGGUGCUCUUGUGAACUCCAAUAAUGGCCGUACCUCCGGUACUUGUCUGCACUACAUGUGAUUUAUCAUUGUUAUUAGUGAUCACCUUUAUAUAAAUGCUUGCUGGCCUUCCAAUGGCCGUGGCUCUUUCUAAA